AUGUCUUCACCUGGGUAUUCUCAGGCAUCGCCUGAAAAGAACAGCCCUAUCUUCACGGCUGUUGCGCAGGGCGACACUUCAGGCAGUUCCCCACGUGCCUCUGUUCUGAAGAUGAAAAUCAGUCACGAUUACUCGGCUACCGAACAAUCUUACCCUGUGGACAAGCUCCUUGCCAAGAUUGAGGAGCAGAACAUGGAUCAGCAGGCCGAUUCCCUCAAGGCGAAUCACGAAGCAGUCUACUACACAAGAGUAUUUGAUCAUGCGUCCUCAAGCAACUCCCUGCCUGUCACUCCUGCUACCGAUGCCUUUCCAAGCACGGCCCCUACUACACGACCCGCCAGUGCUACUCUCGACGAUGCUCGUAGCGAAAGCGAAGAAGUGGUCCGCCUGAAGUUGCAGCUCGCCCAAGCAGAGAGCAAGAUUUCCAAGCUCGACCAAGAGCUAGCAGACACCCGCGUCUCUAAGACUGUACCCGGCACAUCUGCCAUUGGAUCCAACAACUCGUUGUACCCUACUCGUGAGGGUGUAUGGGGAUCUCCAGAUGAUGCUCAUUCCGAUACAAGCGAUGCCAUGUCUGCUUCCACCUUCAAUCGUACUCGAGAAAUCUGGGGAGCACAACCUGGCCCCUUCACCAACACGCUUCAGGCACCGGUUGCUGAGCCGGCUCCUGGAAAAUGGCUUGGGGGACGCGGUUUUAACCUUCCAGGCCCAGAACCUAUUGGUCCCCCCUAUCCCAUCAUGGAAGGCUUCCGCAACGAGCGUAUGACUCCCGAUGCAGAGAUGAUGCGCCCCGGCUACGGACGCCGUGGUAACCGUAUCGAGAGUCGAUUCAACUCCCCCCAGCCGUUUGGAUCUGGUUAUGGAGGAGGCUAUAACAGCCCUGCCAACCAAUCCGACUACAUGGGCAGUCCUGUUCCUGGAGCACCUAUGAACGCUCCUCAGGGACUCGGCCCUAUGGGCGUCUACCCGCCCUAUCCACCUCCUGCUGGAACACCUCUGUCACCUCAUGCUUCUGAGUUCACUGCUGGAUCUGGAUGGAAGAAUGAAGUUGGCCCACAUGCCAUGUACCCACGCAGGGGACUGGACCCAAGAGAGGUUCUCGCGCCCGAGGAUCAGACAUAUCUCCCCCCAACUGAGCCACUGAACUACCGUCGUCUCUUGGAUCGCAAUGUCAACUGCAACUGGAAGUACAUUGUCGACAAGAUUGUAUGCAACAACGAUCAGCAAGCUUCUAUCUUUUUGCAGCAGAAGCUCAAGGUCGGAACCCCCGAACAAAAGUUUGAGAUCGUGGAUGCGAUCGUAGCCCAGGCUUACCCCUUGAUGAUCAAUCGUUUUGGCAACUUUUUGGUGCAGCGAUGCUUUGAGCAUGGCACACCUGACCAGGUCAUCCACAUCGCCGAAGCUAUUCGGGGCAACACUUUGAGCCUCUCCAUGGAUCCUUUUGGCUGCCAUGUUGUUCAGAAGGCAUUUGACUCAGUCCCGGAAAAGUAUAAGGCCAUUAUGGUUUCUGAACUUUUGCGACGCAUCCCGGAGACGGUUAUUCACCGUUACGCUUGCCAUGUUUGGCAGAAGCUUUUCGAGCUUCGUUGGACCGAGUCGCCCCCACAGAUCAUGAAGUAUGUCAACGAAGCACUGAGCGGAAUGUGGCAUGAAGUAGCCCUUGGGGAAACUGGUAGUCUUGUUGUGCAGAACAUUUUUGAGAACUGCCUUGAAGAGGAUAAGCGUCCUUGUAUCGAGGAGGUUCUUGCCAACAUUAACAUUGUGGCACAUGGCCAAUUUGGUAACUGGUGCAUUCAGCACAUCUGCGAACAUGGUGCUCCUCCUGACCGCAGUCGGGCUGUUGACCACGUCAUUCGUUAUGCCGCAGAGUACAGUACCGAUCAGUUCGCUUCCAAGGUUGUCGAGAAGUGCCUCAAGAUUGGUGGUUCAGACUUCCUCGGCCGCUACCUGGACCGAGUCUGUGAGGGUCGUCGCGACCGUACACGCAUCCCACUCAUCGACAUCGCGAGUGAUCAGUAUGGCAACUACCUCAUCCAGUGGAUUCUCAACAACGCCUCUCCUCAGCAUCGCGAGAUUGUUGCCGCUCACAUCCGAAAGCACAUGGUCUCCUUGCGAGGUUCCAAGUUUGGUUCUCGUGUCGGCAUGCUCUGCACCAACCAUGCUGCUGCGACUCGUCCCGGCCCUGGCGCCGGUCCUGGAAUGAGUGGACGCAUGGGACCUGGACCACGCUACAGCAACGGCUACCGCUAA